AUGUGCUUGCCACACUUGCGAAAUCGCUACGCAGAGCUGCUGGCACCAUAUGAGUCCGAGGACUUUGUUGCCAAGCUUGUAACACAGCUAAACUCAUACUCCGCUAGCCCAAAGGUCCAGAUUCGCCACGAAGCAAACUUUGCUUUCCCACUGGUUUUCGACUUGGCGGAAGCAAAAGGUUGGAGAAGCGUUAGCGAGAACCCUGCGUUCAGGGCUAUGAACGCCUUCAUUCGACGACUGGACAAGUUCAGUGCUUCUCCUUGGACGAUUAGGACCCUCAAAGUCGACAUAGAACGAGAUUUUACGCUAGUGGGAAUCUUUCAGGGACAAUAUCUGUCCAUUGAAUCGCCAGAGGAUGAUUUAUUUACGUACGAGGACUUCAAGAUGCUGGAAACGAGCGAUGAACCGGCUGGAGUUGACUGCCCGCCGGCACGCAUUGAACUAGGUGCAGCUCCGGCAGUGGACACCGUCCCUCUCAAAGCAGUCGAUCAGACUCCUGUAGUGUCCAUUGCCGACCAAACUAUCCAAACCACGCUACAAACCAAAGCUGGCAUUGACCUUGAUAAUCUCCAUCCACAAAACGGCCCACCGAGUAUGCAGAACCAACGACCCGCGUCUGUCAUGAUGAUUGCAUCUUUGAUUGAUAAUCCGACGAACCUUGGUGGUCUAUCACGUAUCUCCGAGUCGUUUGGUCUCGAGGCUUUAUACAUUGACAAUCUUAAGAAGGCAGCACACAAGGACUUCAAAGCUACAAGCGUGAGAUCCGAGAAGCAUUUAGCUAUCCGAGAGUUGAAGGAGGUAGGUGUACCGGCAUUCUUGUUGGACGCAAAGAGCAAGGGAUACGAGGUUGUAGGUAUUGAGCAGACCGACCGUAGCGGAAUCUUGGGCCAUGAGGAUAGCAGUGACCAAAAGGAGAUUUUGACCGGGGAUAAGAGUGCGGGUGGGCAAAGUACUCACGUGAUUAGAAGCCAAGAUAUAGGCACUCUUCCAAAGAAAUGUUGCCUGGUUCUUGGCAGUGAGAAAGAGGGCAUCUCCGCGGAGGUGCUGGCGGUAAUUGAUCGUAACGUCGAGAUCAAGACCGUGGGUGUGACGAGGAGUCUCAACGUGCAAACAGCAGGCGGUAUAGCUCUAUAUGAGUGGUGGAGAGAGUGGGGCGGGAAGAAUUAG